CCUGACAGUUCAAACGCGUCAACCAAAAAUGCAAUCUCUUAAACCAAAAAUGCGUCUUCUUCGACCUCCAAGAUUCCGUUUCUUCUCCACAGACUGCACCGCAGUCCCCCUCGGAGGAACCACCGACUACGAGAUCGAAACCACCACCUUACCCAACAACCUCAUCGUAGCCUCAGGCGAAAACGGAUCAAUAAUAUCCAGAAUAUCGAUAGUUUACAAAGCUGGUGCUCGCUACGAAACCCCAGACAUCUACGGCCUCACCCACACCCUCAGCAACUGCACUCUUCUCUCCACCAGAAACGCGACUCAAUUUGCUAUUCGAAGCAACGUCAUGCAAAGUGGUGCAAAUUUGAGCUGCACCACGACGAGAGAAAUCGUGGCUUACACCCUCCAAGGAACUAGAAAAGCAAUUGAGAAGACGUUACCGUUUUUGACGGAAGUGGCUACUAUGCAAGCUUUUAGAGACUACGAAGUGAGGGACAACGCCCACUGUCUUGACGCACACCUCGCUACCUUACCACCAAGAGAAAGAGUGAUAGAGUGGUUGCACAAAGCGGCCUUUCGUAAAGGAGGGUUGGGCAAUUCUUUGUAUAUACCUUGCCACAACGUGGGGAAAAUUUCCGUAGACGACAUGGAGGCUUACACUUCCAAAUAUUUCACCUCUGGAAGAGCCGCCGUGGUAGCUUUGGGGGUCGAACACGACGCGUUGGUCAAGUACGCUUCGACCCUCCAAAUCCCCAAGGGCGCAGGAGGCGCCCCACCCCCGUCUCCCUUCAAAGGAGGAGAAAUCCGUAUCGACGAAAGAGGCAAUCGAGCUUUGGUUGGAAUUGCCAUCCCAGGUCCUUCGUCUGCCGACCCGAAAACUAAUAUCGCCGCCUGCAUCGUCAAAAACGUCCUCUUCGGAAGCAGCCGCGUCUUCCGAGGCGUCUCCAGAAGCAGCCUCCUGGGGAAAGCCACAGCCGGUAUUGGGGCUCCCUUCCAGCUUUUUCCCUUCAGCGAGUACUACAGUGACCAAGGGAUAAUCGGUGUUGUGGUUUCCGCUCCGGCUGAAGCUGCUGGACAAAUUGCGGAAGCAGCGGUCGCUGCUAUUGCCGCUGACACCAUCGACGAAAAGAAUUUCGCGAAGAUGAAGAACGAAAAGAUGCUUGAUUUAGCUUCGAGUUUCGAGAGUUCGAAUUUUGUUUUUGAUUUCAUUAGGAAGACGGUGUUUGGGAAUUUGGGUGGGAAGUUGGAGGAUAUUUUGGAGGUGGCGGAGGCGGUUAGUGUGGAUGAUGCGAAUAAGAUUUUGAAGAAGGCGAAGGAGGGAGCGGUGAGCAUGGUGGCGGUGGGGGAUUUGAGGAAUGUGCCGUAUUUGGAUGAGUUGAGUGGGUUGUUGACGAAGAGGGAAAAGGAGGAAGUACCAGAAAUAUCAGCUGAUGAUGUAGAGUAGGUUUUGUUGUGUGAUAGUGUUAAG